AUGGCCUUUCUCGCCAGUGGUCGCAUUAAACAGGCCAUCGUGGCAGACAUUUAUCAGCCGAGAGGUUACUCCAACCUCCGAGCAGCAUGGGCUCCUGAUGCAAAGAUCGAACAUCGGCAUGUGGAUCUGCGAACUGCAGGCUGGCUGCGAAACUUGAUGGAAGAAGCUGGCGUCGAAGCUGCUCAAACCGUGGUCACGGCGUGUCACGCUUGUGGAGUUCUUGCAGAUGAGCUGAUUCACGAGUGUUUGCAAGCAGAAGUUAGCUUCGCCGUAGUGCCAUGCUGCCAUGGCGAGAAGGCCGGGAUACUGCUAGCGAUUGGGUGCGCGCACACUGCUCCUAGUUGCGUAGUGUUCGCGCAGGGAGCGCGUGGAGAAAUGCUGCGAAAGCUGGCCAAGGAAUACCAGCUGGACCGUGGGCUUACCUACGACAUGCUGCGCUUGGGCGCGAUCGAUGCAGCGCCGGGUUACAUCGCCCGGCUGCGACAAAUCGAUGCGGCCAUCACGCCGAAGAAUCGCAUCCUUUUGGGGCUGCACAAGCCCGAGGAGGCCCAAAAACGACGAGAGCAACGUCGCGCCAACCUGGAUCGGCUUGCCCAAACUGCUGAGUCACUGUGCAGGAGCCAGCGAAGCAUCUUGGUUGGCAGAUCAGCCAAAGAAGCUCUCUUUGACCAGACAGAUAAAAUUAGCUUGCCGCGGCGGAGCGGAGCGACUUAA